GAUUUUUUUUUAUUGUUUUUUUAAAAAAGGGGAUGGAAUAUUAUUCGUAAAAGUUUUCUAGCAAAAGAAUGACAAGUAUUAAAAGUCUAUCUAAAGAAGAGUGGUCCAACAGAGGGCAUGUGCGCCUGAAACUUCGCUAUCAAAACACCAUUAAGCUGCUAUCGGAGGUCGGUUGUUGAUGCCUCAACGAUGAACGAACAGCUUGACUGCUGUUAUGCAUCCGUCUGCCUGUCAACCCAUCUUAUUAAAGUUGCAUUAACGUCUAUUGUCACAUCUUCAAACUUCCUCACUUUCUUUUUCUCUGUUUUUAAAUCUCCUCCGCUAAUCACUUUCACUUUCUUUAUCGCGCUCCCGAGCUUCUCUUUCAAACGAUAAUUAGUUUUCAUGACGAUUAUAUACUCGAUUAUCUACCUAUUAACUCUUGUUACGAUAUCCGAAAGUUGCGUUACGUGAUAACGUCACGCGGAGCAUUAUUUUAAACGUCCACGUGACGUUUCUUCUCGGAAAUUUCAAAAAUAACUUUCGGAAAUUGGAACAGAAAUCGUUGGAAAUUGAGAAAUUUCGAUUAGUUUGUUUUUAUUCUUUGGAAGUUUCUUUGAAAAUUGAGAGGUUUUCCUUUUUCUUUUUAAACGACUAAAAUAUUAAAAUCUAAAAACAUUUCUAGAAAAAUACAAUUUAAAAUAAUACUCGAGUCGAUUACCUUUUAUUAACUUUAACAUCGUUUACAGCAGACCUGUUAUUAAUCUAAUUAAAUAAUCUGCAAUAAAAGAUAUUUUUAGAAGAUAAUUUAAGUUUUUGGAUGUUAAUGCGAUUCAUAGGAGUCACAUUAAAAAAAAAAAUGGAAAAUUAAUUAAGAUGCUUUAGUGACAAGAAGUAUAUUUACAAGACGAAGACGGAAAUUUUUAGAUGAUGUUUUUGGAAUGUAUUAACAUCAAAAAGCACAUUCAGAUGUACUACAGAUAUUUAAAAAAAAAAAAGAGAGGAAAUUUGGUUAAGAGUUCCUCUGUAAAGGCCACUCCUAUCGCGAGAUAAUUGCAUAAAUUAAAAAUGCCUACCCUACGGCGCCUAACAAUUAGAUAUUUGUUAGUAAGUAGUCUGCCUAUAGGCAGCGAUAUUUGAGUAAAUUUAGAUCGAUGCUUCGAUACUUUAGUUUAAAUACUUAUCGGAAGUUAAAGUACACGGGACGAUGACCGGAAGAGGGGCGAUGAGGAUAACGAAGGGAAGAGCCAUUAACAGACAAUAAGUUAAAUAGAAAAUAGUGAAAAUGAUGUCGGUAGGUAGCUCUUUAUGCAAUCAUUAUGCAUCGUCUGUAAUGUUUUCCAAAGUAAAAGGCCGACGAGAAGGUGGAGAGAGCAGUCACGUGACCGGCGGAGAGAGAGGACGGACCCAACGCUGCAUAAUCGGCUGGCGGAAGAGAAGCGCUCCGCCAAUCGGAGUGCUCGUGUGGCUUACCCACCAUAGAUUCAUGUGUCCAGUUGAUAAGUCGCCGUAUUCACUUUAUUGGGUGCUCAUAUGUCGCAGUGCGCGUUUUACAAAAUCAUUUUUUGACUUAUUCAAUGUUUUGUAUAAUUCAUAGCACAAAAAUCACACGGGACGGUCUCCUUAUAUCAAAUGUACUCAGGUGGAAGAGUCAGCCAUGUACCCUAACCUUUUGACACAGAAUCCUGUGUACCCGACAUUCCUCAGGUGUCCCUUGACCUCCGCAGGUAUAACCAAUCCCUCUCCCACUACCAGUCCUCACGUUAACACGUCAUUUUUUGUGGAGAACCUUCUGAGGGAGCACAGUCCGUACCAAGUUGCGCGGCCCGUACCUGUCACGGCCAACUGUUCUGACGGAGACUGUACCACAUGCACCAACGACCAGGAUCACUAUUCGACGGCCCCCUACUUGAAGUUUGGGGUCAGCACCAUUCUAGCUGACACCAAAGACAGGAUGGUCACCACCAAGUCCAUCAUGUCGCCCACAGGUUCCAGUUUAUCACAUUCAUUACCCGCUUUCACGUAUUCGGCAGCAGUCGUUGCUAAACCAGUCCCUCGGCCAUUUUUAGAAACGACGUUACACUCUUUAGUACCUUGUCGUUCUCAAUAUUUUACAGGUAAUCAUCCGGGUCUCGGUGGAGUAGGUACAACUUUUCCAGUUCCUGCGACGUUUCCUUGGGCUGCAGCAGCUCGAGGUAAGCCCAGACGAGGAAUGAUGCGAAGAGCAGUCUUCUCCGAUGCACAACGACAGGGUUUAGAGAAGAGGUUUCAAAUACAAAAGUACAUCAGCAAACCCGACAGGAAGAAAUUAGCUGAAAAAUUGGGACUUAAAGACUCGCAGGUCAAAAUUUGGUUUCAAAAUCGUCGAAUGAAGUGGAGGAACUCUAAAGAGAGAGAACUUUUGUCGGCAGGAGGUUCGAGAGAACAGACCUUACCUACGAAACACAAUCCUAAUCCCGAUCUUAGUGACGUCGGAACUUCAAAUAAAAUGCAGAAAACGGAGUGUGGAAGCUCGGACGAAGAACGAGAGAUUAAAGUCCUUUAGGACUACAAACCACCGAAACUAAAAACAACCUUGUAAAGGACUAUAAAAAAAAAAGGAUUCUCGCCUUGAGACUAAAGUCGCAAAACACGUAAAAAGAGAAGGGGGUGACGAAAGAGACAACCAUUAUGCCAAAAUGUGGACAAUUCGUUGCUCAUCGAGAAAACACUUUUUGUUUUUGAUUUUUUUAAUUCGCCAAAGAUAAGAAAGAUCUCUGUCAUUCCAGAAAUUGUAUUUUAAUCAA